UGAUCACCUCGUUAGAGUAAUAGUGUUCUGUCUGUGGUUUACCUACACACCGUAGUGCUAACUGUGCUAUAGUUUAUAUUCAUAUUGUAGGUUGUAGGUACAGCUACAAUAUAAUCAUCAUGAGUUAAUUAUUUUCUUUACAAAAAAAAUUGUAGAGUAUUAAGAGAAUAUUUAUAUAUAAUAUUGUCACAAUUAAUUACAAAGGGCUUGACGCGUUUGUAAAAUACUAGGUUCUUACUCAAGAACUAAAUAAAAAUUAAAUUAACUUAGAAAAGAUUGUAAUGUGGUCGAAUAUCCAGAAAUUAAUUCUGAAUUCAGUACGUAAGCGUCGAUACUUUUCAUCAAAAGUGAGGGUACGAUUUGCCCCAAGCCCAACGGGGUAUUUGCAUUUAGGUGGCUUAAGAACAGCUUUGUAUAAUUAUUUAUUCGCAAAAUCACAGCAUGGUAUGUUUGUGUUGCGUAUCGAAGACACUGAUCAGAGCAGAAAAGUGGAGGGUGCUGUUGACGCUUUAAUUAAUGAUUUGUCAUGGUCUGGUAUAGAAUAUGAUGAGGGGCCAAUUAAAUCAGGAAACCAUGGGCCUUAUGUACAGAGCGAACGAUUACAUAUUUACCAAGAAUAUAUUACAAAGCUAUUAGACAAUGGAUCAGCAUAUAAAUGUUUCUGUACAGAGCGGAGACUGAAUAUUUUAAAGAGAGAUUCAAUGAAAAGGCAGCAAGUCCCUAAAUAUGACAAUAGGUGCCGAACACUAACAGAUGAUGCAGUUAAGGAAAAAAUUAUUUCUGGUACACCUUACUGUAUUAGAUUCAAGCUAACAUCCGAUUGUCAAUCAUUUGAGGACCUUAUUUUUGGCGGUAUAGCGUACGAUGUUUCAUUGAAUGAGGGUGAUCCAGUGCUGAUGAAGAGCGAUGGGUUCCCGACGUAUCACUUCGCCAACGUAGUGGACGACCACCUGAUGCGGAUCACGCACGUGUUGCGAGGUGUUGAAUGGCAAAUAUCGACAACGAAACAUUUGUUACUUUACAGGGCUUUUGGCUGGAGUCCACCUCAGUUCGGUCACCUUCCCCUUAUUGUUAAUGCUGACGGAACUAAAUUAAGUAAACGGCAAAAUGAUGUAAGAGUGGAGGAUUACAGAAACAAAGGAAUAUUUCCGCUUGGUCUUGUAAAUUACAUCACAUCAUCUGGUGGAGGCUUCGAUCAUGUAAUGGGAGAAGGAGUUCGACUCAAAACUAUCGAAGAGUUAGCUGAAGAAUUUCAGAUACAAAAGGUUUCGCCACAUCCGACACGCUUAAACCCAGAUCUGUUAGAAGAAUGCAAUCGAUUAGAGAUAAAACGUCAACUGUCUGACGAUAACCUCUCUUUGCAUCUAGUUGGAAAACUCCAACGAAUUAUUACAGAGAAGUAUGCAGAUAAAAAUCUGAAUAUUUCAGACGAACACGUGAGAAAUGUGCUCCUGUGGGCGACCUCAAGGAUAUCAAGAAUAGAAGAUUUGGUUUCGAGCAAAUUUGGAUUUCUUUGGAUUCUUCCGUCCAAUAUAGAUGCUGAAGUUAAUAGCAGUUUAUUAAAGAAGUUGAUCGAUGAUAUAGAAUGUUUGGAACCCUUUGAAGAGAAGUCGAUUAUGGAACGGUUAAGGGAAUUUUCUUCGAAGAACGACAUAAAGUUUCCUCGACUGAUGAAAAUGUUGAGGGCUGUACUGAGCGGGUUGGACGAGGGUCCACGCGUGGCAGAAAUGAUGCACUUGUUGGGUAAAAGUCAAUCGUUACAAAGAAUACAGGCUGCUCUGAAAUGAUGUCGUUGUUUUAUUGAA